CAGAAAACAUGUCAGGAGUAAAUUUUCAAAACGUGAAUUUUUUAAAUAAUGGAGCAAAUAUCAUCUCGGGAAAUUUAUUACCGAUGACAGAUGAUAAUUCGUUUUCAAUAUUUUGCCGUAUAUAUAGAGCCUUCGUCUGGUCAAUAGAAGUGAUUAAUGCGAUCUCAUUAAUCAUCGGAAUGACCGUAGUUCCAAAAGAAAAGACUUUCAUAGAUGGUAUUAUCUCCAUCGUUGUCAUAAUGGAAACAUCUUUCUUACUUGCGAGUAUUUACACGCAGCAAAAGUUAACAAUACAAGUGGUCCGGAAAAUGAACGAAAUCCUGCGAAAUGCGGAUAUGAUCAUGGUGGACCUCGUGAAAGCAGCAUUGAAACCAAUUAUUUUGCCAUUUAUAAUUUAUGGGGUGGCCAGUGUGAUAUCUGUCAUUAUAUGGACUCUACAUCCGAUUAUAUUGAUUUUUGAAAAGAGAGAUACAUUUUAUUUCGAGGAUUACAAUUCGCCAGCAUUUUUCAGUCCCGAACCGUUUUCAGUACACAUUCUAAUUUUGUCGACUGUCAUUAUGACAACGGGCACUCUCUAUUUAUUCUUAAGGAAAUACAGUUUGGACGUAUACAUGAUGCAUCUGGUGUUGAUGUUAACUGCACAAUAUCGAUACACCGCGAUAAAACUGACAUUAUUAUUUCAGAAACCACAAGACGACAAUAAAAACUCUCAAAAAAAGUGUCAUCCUAUGACAGAUCAAUGGGCGGAAAAGGAACUGAGAGCGUUAUGUCAGCAUCAAAACAAUGUUUUGUUCAUAUCAAUUAUGUUAAGGAAACUUCUGUCGAUGAACUUCAGUCUAUUGUAUCUUAAUAGUGUUUUCCGCUUCUGCUUUUUAGGUAUCUUAAUGACCAAAAUACCAUCUUUAACAUUCAUGGAGGGAAUCUCGAUUGUUUUAUUCGCAGCUGGUUCAAUAAUGCAAUUCUUUCUGUUAUGUUCUUCUGUCCAGACAUUAUCAGACGCGAGUACCGAAGUGACGGAUAAAGCAUUUGAUGAAGGCUGGUAUCAACUUAAAUCAUCGAUACAACGUACAUUUAUAUUACUAAUAUUGGCUAAUAAUUUGGAAUGUAAAAUCGCGGCAAUUGAUAAGUUCAAUCUGUCUCUGCCCUCAUUUAUGACGAUUAUGAAUCAAUCAUAUUCAAUCGCUCUUUUGUUUUUAAAAGCAAAAUAAAACAAAAAAAAGCAUUGUGCACAUAGAAAUGUAUUAGAGAGAAUAGAAUAGAGAGAACAAAUCAAAGACAAAAAAACAGUUAAGCAAAAAUAUU